AUGUCAGUUUCUGAUUUAAGAAACGAAUUAGCUCUACGAAAUAUUGACUCAAAGGGUCUCAAAGCCCAAUUACAAUCUCGCCUGCAGACUGCCUUAGACGAUGAAAAAGCGAAAGAGAAUGCCGGCGGGGAUAAAACUGAUGAUGAUACUAGGGCCGAACAGACGCCGACUAAGACUGCUACUCCCGCAGCUGGUUCCACUCAUCAGGAAAAGGAGAAGGACGACUCGAAGCAAUUGUCCGAGAAAGAUCGUCGCCGUUUGGAACGUCUUUAUCGAUUGGGCGAUAGGCCGUCUAUCCUUGUCCAUCCCAACAAGGCAGCUCGUGGUGGUCGCUUCGACUGCCACCGCGUCUCACUUCACACGCUGCUUGAUUAUCGCACGGAUGAGAUGAAGGAGCCGAAUUUCGAAGUUGCACUAUUCGCCGAGCAGUUCCAUGAAAUGAUGCAACGCGACUGCGCCUUCAAUAUCUUCAAAGCUAUCUACAAUGCCCCUGAAAAGGAGCAUAAGACGGAGCAAAAUGGAAAGUACGCGUCGUUUUGG